AUGUCGGAUCAGGAAAUCUCCCAGUCUGAGCAACCACCUUUCCAGCCCAGCACCUCAGGUCACCUGCAGGUGGUGGUAGAUGAUGAGGUCUCAGGUCCAUCAGUACCCAGGACAUCAUCUGGCCUUAUGUCUGACACUGCUGGCCAAAAGAGAAAGAGGGAAUCCUCCACUGAGUCUGACGAGGAGCUGGAGGAGCUGGAUAGUGAGCUAAAUCACCCCUGGGAUGUCAAUUCACUGUGUGGUCUCAAAAUGAAACUCAAAAAACGGCGAAUGGACUUGGUGCUACCAGAAUACCAUGAAGUUUUUAAGAGACUACUAGAGGAUCCUGUUGUCAAAAGAUUCCUGGCCUGGGACAAGAACCUGAGGGUUUCUGACAAGUACCUCCUGUCUAUGGUGAUAGCUUAUUUUAGCCGGGCUGGCCUCUUCUCCUGGCAGUACCAACGAAUCCACUUCUUCCUGGCCCUAUACCUGGCCAAUGACAUGGAGGAGGACAACCAGGCUCCUAAACAAGACAUCUUUUACUUCCUCUAUGGGCAGAGCUAUGCCCUGCGUCCCUUGUUCCACAAACUGCGCUAUCAAUUCAUCUGCUCCAUGGGCUGGAACACUUGGGUUUCCUUGGAGGAGUGUGAGGAGAUUCAAGCUUAUGAUCCGAAGCUCUGGGUGUGGGGCCGAGAUCGCACCCUCAUUCCCUAG